CGGGCCGAGCGGAGAGCGGCGGCUAUUAAAGUGUACGGGGACCCGAGAGAGGCGGCAGUCAGAGGCGCGUUCCGUUGAAGACACGGGUGAAGAACAGGUGAAGAACAGGUGAAGAAGAGGUGAAGACACAGGUGAAGACACAGGUGAAGAACAGGUGAAGAACAGGCGAGAUGUCGAUCCUGGAGGCGAGCGGUCAGCUGAUCGAGAGCGCGCUGCAGAAGGUGAGCGUGAGCGCGCUGCUGCUCGCCGCCUCCGUGUUGACCCUGACUCUGAGAUACCUGAGAAAACACGUGACCCGCCCGCAGCUCACCGGAGAACAGAAGUAUCCUCCUCACAUCCCGUCCUAUAUUCCCUUCCUGGGUCACGCCGUGGCUUUCGGCAGGAGUCCCAUCGAGUUUCUGGAGUGGGCCUACGAGAAGUACGGGCCUGUGGUCAGCUUCACGAUGGUCGGGAAGACCUUCACGUAUCUGCUGGGCAGCGACGCGUCCGCUCUCAUGUUCAACAGCAGGAACGAGGAUCUGAACGCCGAGGACGUUUACGCCCGCCUCACCACGCCCGUGUUCGGGAAGGGAGUCGCGUACGACGUGCCCAACCCCUUAUUUCUGGAGCAGAAGAAGAUGCUGAAGACGGGUCUGAACAUCGCACAGUUCAAACAACACGUGGAAAUAAUCGAAGAGGAAACGAAAGACUACUUCAGGCGAUGGGGAGACAGCGGAGAGAGGAAUCUGUUCGAGGCUCUGUCCGAGCUCAUCAUCCUGACGGCGAGCCGCUGUCUUCACGGCCGUGAGAUCCGGGGGAUGCUGGACGAGAGAGUGGCUCAGCUGUACGCCGAUCUGGACGGAGGCUUCACCCACGCCGCCUGGCUCCUGCCCGGAUGGCUGCCGCUGCCCAGCUUCAGACGCAGGGACCGAGCGCACGUGGAGAUCAAGAAAAUCUUCUACAACGUCAUCAAGAAGAGAAGAGAAGCCGGCGAGAGAAACGACGACAUCCUGCAGACGCUCAUAGACGCCACGUACAAAGACGGCCGACCUCUGAACGACGACGAGAUCGCCGGGAUGCUGAUCGGUCUGCUGCUCGCCGGCCAGCACACGUCCUCCACCACCAGCGCCUGGAUGGGCUUCUUCCUGGCGCGGGACCCGGCUCUUCAGGAGCGCUGCUUCAGGGAGCAGAGGAGUGUGUGUGGAGAACACCUGCCCCCUCUACACUACGAGCAGCUGAAGGACAUGAGUUUACUGGAGCGCUGUCUGAAGGAGACGCUGAGACUCAGACCACCAAUAAUGACCAUGAUGAGGAUGACCAAGACCCCUCAGAGAGUGGGAGAAUACACCAUUCCUCCGGGGCAUCAGGUGUGUGUGUCUCCGACGGUCAACCACCGGCUGCAGGACACCUGGUCAGAGCGGCUGGACUUCAACCCUGAGCGCUACCUGCAGGACAACCCCGCGGCCGGCGAGAAGUUCUCCUACAUCCCCUUCGGAGCAGGUCGUCAUCGCUGUAUCGGAGAAAACUUCGCCUACGUUCAGAUUAAAACCAUCUGGUCGACGCUGCUGAGGCUCUACGACUUCCAGCUGGUGGACGGACGCUUCCCGGCGGUCAACUACACGACUAUGAUCCACACGCCCCACGAGCCCGUGAUCAGAUACACACGGAGGAAGAGCCAGGGAUGAGACACUCGUCCUUGUUUAAAAGACUUUCUAGAUUUACCCCAGCUAGCCUUCCUGCCAGCAAACAAGUCUAAUAUUUUUAUAUGAUUGCACAGAUUUUUUUUUUCCCCCCAGAAAACAAAAACCUGUAAUGCGUGACGUUUUAACCAUUAAAAUGGCGUCAUGUAGAAAUGUGCUUUUGUCACAGAGUCGUCUUGGAAAAUAGGUUUUCGUUGUUUUCAUUUUCAAAAAUCGAAACAAUGAAUCAUGUUUCCAAGGAAAAAAUUUGUUGUUUGAAUUUUAAGUUACUCCAUGCCUAGAAAAACGCUU